AUGCCCGUGCAACAGGAGCCUCUCGCCGAGACGGCCGACGAGGCCCGUCUUGCUCAGGCUCAAGCCUCCACGAUGAAGCGGCCGAGGGCCCUCACAGUCGUCAUCAAGCUAGGGACGAGCUCCAUCGUGGACGAGCAAACGCAUGAGCCGUUGCUGCCCAUCCUGACUCUGAUCGUCGACACGGCCGUCAAGCUGAGGAAAAAUGGCCACAGGGUCGUCAUCGUCUCUUCAGGGGCCAUUGGCGUCGGCCUCCGCCGUAUGGAUAUCGACAAGCGGCCGAAGCAUCUCGCCCAGUUACAGGCGCUCGCAGCAAUCGGCCAGUGCCGUCUCAUCAGUCUCUGGGACAGCCUAUUCGGCCACUUGUCCCAGCCGAUUGCGCAGAUUCUGUUGACCCGUAACGACAUUGCCGAUCGAACGAGAUACAUCAAUGCGCAAAAUACCUUCAACCAGCUCAUGGAAACGGGCGUCAUCCCCAUCGUCAACGAAAAUGACACCCUCGCCGUCUCCGAAAUCAAGUUUGGAGACAAUGACACCCUUUCAGCAAUCACGGCGGCCAUGAUCCACGCCGAUAUGCUCUUUCUCAUGACGGAUGUCGACUGCUUAUACGACAAGAACCCUCGGUCUCAUCCCGACGCCCGCCCCAUUGAGGUUGUAAAGGACAUCUCGGAUCUCGAGGCUGAUGUAUCUAGUGCUGGCUCAGCCUUGGGCACAGGCGGCAUGAGCACCAAGAUUGUGGCCGCCAAGCUCGGCACGUUGGCCGGUGUGACAACCAUCAUUACCCGGUCCUCGAAUCCUGGCAACAUUCUCGCCAUUGUUCGCUACUUGACGCGUGCAAACUCUGAUGAUGAGGCUGCCGACGUCGCCGAAGUCCCGGCUCCCCCACUGCAUACCCGGUUUCUACCAUCCAACGAACCGAUUCAAGAUCGCUACUUUUGGCUCCUCCACACGCCCAACCCACACGGCACAAUAUACAUUGAUGCUGGCUGCCAUCGGGCCCUCUUAGAUAAGGCAGGCCUGCUGCCAGUAGGGGUCGUGGACGUCCAAGGCCAAUUUGCGCAGCAGGAGGUGCGCUGGGAAGGCCUCGCCCAGGAGGUCGGGCGGGCUCUGGUCAACUAUGCCGCUCCCGAGAUCAAGAGAAUCAUGGGACACCAGAGCGUCGAGAUCGGGGGCAUACUCGGAUACGCCGAUAGCGAACCCAGCCUCGUCGCCGCGCGCCCACAUCUCCGUGGCCCAACACCGCCAACCCUCUGCCUCCACCGCCGCCGACUCGCCGCCUCGCCAAAGCUCGGCAAAUACCAGACGCCCGGCUUCAAGAGGACCACGCCGCGCGCCGCCAUGACCUCGACCGCCACCACCCUCAAGGGCCAGCCCCUCGACAAGGCCGUCCUCGACGCCAUCCUGCGCCGCCGCCUCUUCUACACGCCCUCGUUUGAAAUCUAUGGCGGCGUCGGCGGCCUCUACGACUACGGCCCUCCCGGCUGCUCCCUGCAGGCAAACAUUGUCGACCUGUGGCGCAAGCACUUCAUCCUCGAGGAGGACAUGCUCGAGGUCGACUGCACCGUCCUCACGCCCCACAAUGUCCUCAAGACGAGCGGCCACGUCGACAAGUUUGCCGACUGGAUGUGCAAGGACCCCAAAAACGGCGACAUCCUGCGCGCCGACCACUUCGUCGAGGCUGUACUCGAGGCCCGCCUAAACGGCGAUAAGGAGGCUCGCGGCCAAAAGGUGGAGGAAAAGGACGACCCCAAGAAGAAGAAGAAAAAGACAAAGGCCGAGGCCGUCAAGCUCGACGACGCCCUCGUCAAGGAAUACGAGGAGGUCCUGGCCAGGAUUGACAACUACGACGGCCCCGAACUCGGCCAGCUCAUCAAAAAGUACGACCUCAAGAACCCGGCUACCGGCGUCAUGCCCUCGGACCCCGUCGCCUUCAACCUCAUGUUCCAGACCUCCAUUGGCCCCAGCAGCAAUCUCCCCGGCUACCUCCGCCCCGAGACUGCCCAAGGCCAGUUCCUCAACUUUGCCAAGCUUCUCGACUUCAAUCAGGGCCAGAUGCCCUUUGCCUCGGCCUCCAUCGGCAAGUCCUACAGAAACGAAAUCUCCCCGCGUGCCGGUCUCUUGCGCGUGCGAGAGUUCCUCAUGGCCGAGAUUGAGCACUUCGUCGACCCCCAGGGCGGCAAGAAGCACAGCCGCUUCCACGAGGUCGAGCACAUCGAGCUCGUCCUUCUCGACCGCGACACACAGCUCGCCGGCAAGACCACCACCCGCAAGAUUGCCAUUGGCCGUGCUGUCAAGGAGGGGCUUGUCGACAACGAGACUCUUGGCUACUUCCUGGCCCGCAUCCAUCUCUUCCUUGAAAGGAUUGGCGUCGACUUGUCCAAGAUGCGCUUCCGCCAACAUAUGCAGAACGAAAUGGCGCAUUACGCCUGCGACUGUUGGGACGCCGAGCUGUUUACCACGUCGGGCUGGGUCGAGUGUGUCGGUUGUGCCGACCGAAGCGCAUACGACCUGAGCGUGCACGCCAAGAAGACUGGUGCGCCUCUUGUCGUCCGGGAGCGCCGUGAGGAGCCUCUCGUCUUCGACGAAUGGCAAGUGGACAUUGAGAUGAAGAAGUUUGGUCCCAUGUUCAAGAAGAAUGCCAAGGCUGUCGAGACGGCUCUGCUCGCCACUUCCCAGGAGCAGCGCGAGAAGCUGGCCAAGGAGCUGGGCAAGGCCGGCAAAAUCACACUCGAGGUGCCCGGCGUCGAGAACGGAAAGGUGGACCUCGGCAGUGACUCCAUCAAGAUCGAGUUCCGCAAAAGGGUUGAGAACACGAGGGAAUUCACUCCCAACGUCAUUGAGCCGUCGUUUGGCAUCGGCCGGAUCUUGUACGCCUUGAUCGAGCACAACUUCUGGACGCGCGCCAUCGACACCGGCGACGAAGCCCGCAGCGUCCUCUCCUUUCCGCCCGCCGUUGCCCCGAUCAAGGUGCUCCUCGUGCCUCUUUCGUCCAGUCCUGAAUUCAAGCCCAUCAUCAAGAAGCUUUCCCAAAAGCUGCGCAACCUCGGCGUCUCCAACCGAGUCGAUGACUCAUCUGCCAGCAUCGGCAAACGGUACAGUCGAAACGACGAGCUCGGAACGCCACUCGGCAUCACUGUCGAUUUCCAGACCGUGCAGGACGGCACCAUCACGCUAAGAGACCGUGACUCUACGUCGCAGGUCCGAGCCGACGAGGGCAGGAUCCUGGAAGCCAUCAAGUCGAUUGUGGAUGGCGCCAAGGACUGGAAGAAGGUUGCUUCGGAGCUGCCCAAGUUCGAGGGCCAAGAGGUUGAGGUGGCUGCUCGCUGA